CUACUAAACAAAGCUCUUACCUUAACGCUAUUUUCUACCUUCAUACAGAGAAUAAAUACUACACACUGCUGCAAUGCACGGCAAUAAUUAAGGGAAGGCAUAUUGCAUGAACAAAUUUAACUGACAUUUUUUUAAUCUUAUCAGAUACGACAUUAACAUAGUUGGUAUUAUCAGUUUUCAACAUGUCGCAGGAUGAAUCAGUCAUUGUUAAUGUAAAUGAUCUACAAGAUCUUAAGGAUCGUAUGAAACUAAUAGUUGAAGCAGAUCCCAAACAAUAUCACAACGAUUUUUCAUUGAAGAGAUACUUACGAGCUUUCAAAAAUGUAGAUUCCGCUUUUCAAGCUAUUUUAAAAACUAACAAAUGGCGUGAACAGUAUGGAGUAAACACGCUGGGGGAUUCAGAUACUAUAAAAAUACAUGGAAACAAAGCGCGAGUUUUACGCCACCGUGACUGCAUUGGGCGUCCAGUCAUUUAUAUACCUGCAAAAAAUCACAACUCCAACGACCGUGACAUUGACGAGCUGACCAAGUUCAUAGUAUACUGCUUGGAGGAAGCAUGUAAAAAAUGCUUUGAAGAAGUAGUAGAUAGUUUAUGCAUUGUUUUCGAUUUAGCUGGGUUCAGUACUGCAUGUAUGGAUUAUCAGUUGGUGAAAAAUUUGAUAUGGCUGCUAAGUAAACAUUACCCUGAACGUUUAGGUGUAUGUUUGAUUAUAAACGCACCUGGUAUAUUUUCGACCAUAUGGCCAGUUAUAAGACAAUGGCUCGAUGAAAAUACAGCAAAGAAAGUAAUUUUUGUGGAUAAUGAGAUUGAUUUGUGCAAACAUUUAAUACCAGACAUCUUACCCACUGAUAUGUAAUCUAGACUAAAGUUUGCAAAAAGGUAACAUCCACAUACGAACAAAUGAAAGUACCUCCAAAACGAUUUUAUGUAAAUGAAACAAAACUUACAAAUUUUUAAUCACUUUAUUCCAGUGUAAUUGUAUAUGUCAACAUUGGUAGUUAAAAAAUCCCAAUGAUUUAGAGUAUUUGUGCAGUUAGAAAUAGAAACUACAUAUGUAUAUACAUAUAUGCCCUACUUAAUAUAUUGCAGGUGCAACAGCUCUCAACUGUUAUGUUUAUGAAUAUUUAACUGUCAAAUAAUUAAUGAUUAAUAAAAAAUGAUUAUGAGUGUUGAAUUGAAUUGG